UGUUGUCAAGCGAGAUUCGGAAUAUUCAGGAAAAAUCAAAAUAAAAAAAAAAAAAAACGAGAAACGCUUCUCCGCCUCUUCCUUUCGUCUGAUCCUCCCGGCGGGAGAGAAGAGGAGAGAAGAGAGCGAUGGAUCCUCUUCGCAAAUCUCUCAAGUCGUACGGGUCCCACAAGUACUCGUCCUCCCGCAACCCCUCCUUCGACCUGCAGGAGGAGCAGCCCAUCCUCGUCGACCACGACGACCCCGACCGCCGCGAGGUCGUCGUCAAGAUCGACGGCAACAGCCACAACCCCUUCGUCGACCCCCCUCCCAUCCCCACCUCCACUACCUCCGCCGCCGCCGCCACCAGCACCAACACCACUACUAACACUACCACCACCACCUCCUCCGCCGCCGCCCUCCCUAAGGUAUGGAGGGAGGGGAGCUACGAAUUCUGGAAGGAUGACGGUGAUAAUGGCGGCAGCGGCGGAGGCGGAGGCGGCAGUAGCGGCUUCAGCUUCAAGAGCCAUCCGCCGCAGAGCCUGAAUCCGGUGGCGGAGAUCAGCGAGGACCCUCCGUCCCGGCUGAUCGGCUCCUUCCUCCACAAGCAGAAGGCCUCCGGGGCGGAGAUGUCGCUGGACAUGGACCUCGAGAUGGAGGAGCUCAAGAAGCCCCCCUCCUCCAUCUCCGCCUCCAAGGAGCUCCGCGUCUCCUUCCAGGACCCCUCCGCCGACCACCCCCUCUCCCCCUCCUCCCUCUCCCCCUCCUCCUCCUCCUCCGACGAUGACGGCCGAGACAAGAACGGAGUACCCCCCGCCGAGGUUCUCCGCUGCACCUCCAACUCCUCCUUCCGCCGCGCCCCCUCCGCGCUGCUCCGCGCCAAGACCCGCUCCAGGCUCAUGGACCCCCCGCCGCUGUCGUCCGCAACUAGCAACGACGGCGGCGGGCGAUCCGGGCGCGUGCCGGCCAGAUCGGGGCAGAUGGGCAAAUCGGGCGCGAUGGGCAAAUCGGGAGCGAUGGGCAAAGCCGGGGGGCCGCCGGCCUUGGACGAGGACGACGAGGACCCGUUCGUGGACGAGGACAUCCCCGACGAGUUCAAGCGCGCGAAGCUGGACCCGCUGACGCUGCUGCAGUGGCUGAGCCUGGUCGUGAUCCUGGGCGCCCUGGCGUGCAGCCUGGGCGUGCGGCGGCUGCAGCGGCAGACGGUGUGGGGGCUCCACCUGUGGAAGUGGGAGCUGCUGGUGUUCGUGCUCAUCUGCGGGCGCCUCGUCUCCGGGUGGCUGAUCCGCGUGGCCGUGUUCUUCGUGGAGCGCAACUUCCUCCUCCGCAAGCGCGUGCUCUACUUCGUCUACGGCGUGCGCAGGGCCGUCCAGAACAGCCUCUGGCUGGGCCUCGUCCUCGUCUCCUGGCACUUGAUGUUCGACAGCAAGGUGGAGCGCGAGACGCGCAGCCGCAUCCUCCCCUACGUCACCAAGGUCCUCUUCUGCCUCCUCGUCGCCACCCUGCUCCGCCUCCUCAAGACGCUGCUCGUCAAGGUGCUCGCCUCCUCCUUCCACGUCAGCACCUACUUCGACCGCAUCCAGGAGGCCCUCUUCAACCAGUACGUCAUCGAGACGCUCUCCGGCCCGCCCCUCGUCGAGAUCCAGCGCAACCACGACGAGGAGGAGCGCGUCUUCGCCGAGGUGCAGAAGCUCCAGAGCGCCGGCGUCACCAUUCCCAGCGAUCUCCGCAAGGCCGCGUUCCCCACCAGAAGCGGCAGCGGCAGCGGCAGCGGCAGGGCCAGCGCCAGCGCCAUGAGGAAGAGCGGGCAGAUCGGGAAGAGCAUCAAGCUGUCCCGGGCCGUCUCGCGGAAGGACGCCGCCGGGAGCGGCCCGCAGCAGCCGCAGGAGGAUGUCAUCACGAUCGACCAGCUCCACAAACUCAAUCAGAAGAACGUGUCCGCGUGGAAUAUGAAGCGCCUCAUGAAGAUCGUUAGGUACGGCACGCUCAUGACCCUCGACGAGCAGAUCUCGCAGGCCACGGGCGGGGAGGACGAGUCGGCCAAGCAGAUCAGGAGCGAGUACGAGGCCAAGCUUGCCGCCAGAAAGAUUUUCAACAACGUCGCCAAGCCCGGUGCCAAGUAUAUCUACUUGUCGGAUUUAAUGCGUUUCAUGAGGCACGAGGAAGCUGUGAAAACUAUGAGCCUUUUUGAGGGAGCACAAGAGAAUAACAGGGUCAGCAGGAAGUCCCUCAAGAACUGGGUGGUCAAUGCAUUCAGAGAACGCAAAGCCCUUGCCUUGACUCUUAAUGAUACGAAAACUGCAGUGAAUAAGCUGAACCAAAUGGCAAACAUUGUUGUAGGUGUCAUUGCAUUUGUCCUGUGGCUUCUCAUUCUGGGUAUUGCGACAACCCAUUUCUUCGUCUUCCUCAGCUCUCAGGUCCUUCUGGCAGUUUUUAUGUUUGGGAACACUUUAAAGAUGGUUUUUGAAUCUAUCAUUUUCUUAUUUGUCGUGCACCCCUUUGAUGUUGGAGAUCGUUGUGAAGUGGAGGAGGUUCAGAUGGUUGUCGAGGAAAUGAAUAUCAUGGCAACAAUUUUUCUGCGGUACGAUAACCUCAAAAUUUACUACCCCAAUAGUCUUCUUGCUACCAAACCAAUCAGCAAUUUUUAUCGAAGCCCGGAUAUGGGAGAAUCAAUUGACUUCUGUGUUCAUGUAGCAACACCCGUGGAAAAGCUCGCCAUCAUGAAGCAAAGAAUAAUUCAGUUUAUGGAGAGUAAGAAGGAACAUUGGUACCCUAAUCCAUCUGUCGUUCUUAGAGAUGUGGAUGACAUGAACAGGUUGAGAGUAUCUAUAUGGAUGCGCCACCGAAUCAAUCACCAAGAUAUGGGGAUGAGGUGGGGGAGGAGAGAGCUCGUGGUUCAGGAGAUGAUCAGAGUCUUAAAAGAACUCGAUAUUGAAUACCGGAUGCUGCCGCUCGAUGUCAAUGUCCGCAACAUGCCUCCCGUCACAUCUGCGCGCUUGCCUUCCACAUGGUUAACUUUUAACUGAUAUUAUUGAACUUAGCUCACCAAUUGAUCUAGCAAAAAUAUAGGGGAAGAGCUCUCUGGCCCGGAGCGAGCCGAAGGGGAACGCGCUCUUCCUGAGGUCCGGAUUUUGGCUUUGUUUCUUACUUUUCCCCUUAUUCCUGGCUUUCUUUUUUUUUUUUCCUUUUUUUUGGGGGGCAGGGGGACAAUUUUGGUACUUGGAAAUAGAUGUUUCUCUCGUAGUGCUUUUCGGACAAUCUUAGUAGCUAAGUGUUAUUCCAUGCGGUUCGUGCUCUGUGAUCUCCGUAGCAAGCGAUCUACAGUGGUAUACUGACUAUUUGGAGUGUUUGCAUCAACCUUUCAAUAACAAGCGCAAGUGAUUUAUAUAUUUUUUGAGAGUAGCAAGUGAUUUAUAUUGGGAAAUGAUGAAACUUGUUAACUCUAGUUUAUCUGAAUAUGUAUCUCGGGAACCGAGUGUUUGGAAAAAUGUUCAAGAGACUGAAUCCAACAAUUAAUACCAUGCAAUUUCGUGGUGAUGCUGGAAUCAUUGAACAAUUAUAUAGCGGGGAUCGGAUGUCCCGUGGAUUCCUUGCGUG